AUGUAUCCUCAUCCUCACGGUGCUCCCAUGGCACCCCCGCAAAAACCAGAGACCUUUAUGCUUUCGACCGAAGCACAACAGAGCCUUCCCCAUGAUGCGCAAGUCGCAUUACAACAGGUUGAUAACUUGAAGUAUUUCCUCCUCUCCGCGCCGGUUGACUGGCAACCCGACCAACUCAUCCGCCGCUUCCUACUCCCUACUGGCGACUACAUCUCCUGUGUGCUCUGGAGCAACCUUUUCCACAUCUCUGGUACCGAUAUCGUGCGAUGCUUGGCUUUCAGAUUUCAGGCCUUUGGCCGCCCCGUCAAAAACUCGAAGAAGUUCGAGGAGGGUAUUUUCUCUGACCUGCGAAACCUCAAGGCCGGUACCGACGCGACUCUCGAAGAGCCCAAGAGCCCCUUUCUCGAUUUCCUCUACAAGAACAACUGUAUCCGGACGCAGAAGAAGCAAAAGGUUUUCUAUUGGUACAGUGUACCACACGAUCGGCUGUUUCUCGAUGCGCUGGAACGUGACUUGAAGAGGGAGAAAAUGGGCCAGGAGGCGACUACCGUUGGCGUCAGCGAGCCUGCCCUCUCCUUUGAAUUUGACUCGUCCCAGUCGCUCUAUGAGCAACUCACAAAGGCUCAACAAGCAAAUUCAUCUUCGUUUGCUGCACACGCAAGUACGACAUAUGGCCAAUCCGCCUCCCCAGUGGUUCGGACCGUUGACGCUAUGCCUCCUCCCCAGAUGGCUCCCCAGAUGGCUCCCCAAAUGGCUCCCCCGACGAUGCCUCUUCUCACGGACGAAUCUGGCAAUCCGGCGAUGUACAAUCCGAUUCCUAUGACGAACCCAUUGACGCAGAACUUCGUUAAGCGCGAGCAAGAUUAUGCGCCCAUGCAUUACGACCGUAAUGGGAUACCCAUCGCUCGCAUCCACCAGCGCCACGCCUCCAUGCCAACUUUUGUCGAAUACUCGCCCGCCCCAUCUUUCGUUUCGUCCCACUUUGAAGACUACAGCAACCGUGGUCUGUCUUUUGAACCGGUUACACCCCCUCAGAACAGCGUUCCACUUGGUGCUGAACCGGCCUACAUUGCCAACGAAGACACUGGUCUCUACACUGCAAUCCCUGAAAUAACGCCUGCAUCUUCAUUCAACCCUAUGAUGCAACUGCCGCCGUCAAAUCUUGCAAGUGCUCACUUCCCACCUCCCCCUCGAACUUUCCCCUCCAGCGUAUACUCGGUUAUCGAGGGAUCGCCCACAUACAAGCAGCGUCGACGCCGGUCGUCCAUUACGCCGGGCGUGACCAACGCUAUUGCCGCUGCCCAGGCGAAUGCCCAUGCUCAGUCAUCGGGCCCGCCGCCUCAGCCGAUCGCGUACGCUGCGCACAAGCCCAGUGAUCUCAGACGCUCUGUCUCUAGCUCAGUAGCCCCAGUUGUCGAAGGAGAUGAAUCGCAGCAGGACUCGCGCCGUAUGCCAACUGGCACCCCUGCUACAGUUCUCCCCCAGAAGGAUUUGCUACAGGAACUUUCUCGCCAUGCUACUCCACUAUCGACGCUUGACGAUCCCUCUGAGCAAAACCCUCUCCCCCUUGCAAACGCGCAGGACGAUCUUGCAGGUCUUCCCAGUGCCGACAACUUCGAAGCUGCCGUCCACAAGAGUGCAACGAACAGACCAGACCGAUUUGGCUCUGCCCCUGGUCCUGUCCGUCGUGCCCGAAGCGCUACUAUGAUGGAGCAUGGUCCUUACGCCCAGAAGUCGCAUUCGUGCCCAAUCCCCUCGUGUGGGCGACUUUUCAAGCGUUUGGAGCAUUUGAAGCGGCAUGUGCGAACCCACACUCAAGAGCGGCCUUAUCCUUGCCCUUACUGCAGCAAAGCCUUUUCACGAUCCGACAACCUCGCACAACACCGUCGGAUCCAUGAGGCUCAGCAAGAUGGCCAGUCGCAUCUGAAUGCUCACGAUGAGGACUUGGAGAACGAGGAGAACGAUUAUGGCUCUCCUGAGGGCUCAUCGCCCUCGGAUUCCAUUCCCAGCAGUAUGGUCAACAUGCCCGGCAUGACCUCGAUGCCGAUGCCCACACAUAUGACCAUGCCGACCGCGAUGCCUACCAUGGUUCCUCCUCACAUGUUCACCCCUCAACUGCUCCAGCAGCAAAUGUAA